UCUGUGUCAUGUUCAUGUGUGCGGGGGAGUGGGUGACCCUCGGACUCAACAUCCCACUGCUCUUCUAUCAUCUAUGGAGAUACUUCCACCGUCCGGCUGAUGGCUCUGAGUUGCUGUAUGACCCAGCCUCAGUAAUGAGUGCCGAGAUCCUGAACUACUACCAGAAGGAAUCGUGGUGCAAACUCUGCUUCUAUCUCAUCUCCUUCUUCUACUACCUGUACAGUAUGGUGUACACUUUGGUAACGUUCUAGUCACUGCUCACCCUCCCC